AGACCACCGCAUAGACCGCUCUCUUUCUGUUUGGGCCAGUGUUCUUGAAAUUCGUCACACGAUCGAAACGAAAGAAAAAAGGACGCCAAACCUUCAAUCAAUUUGUUAUCGCUUUAUAAUCAAUUGAUUGGCUAAAGUGAAGUGACGAUUGGCAAAGUGGAUUGUGUUAACGGUGCAUCAGAUCGACGUAUUGGUACAUCAAAACGCGUUGAAUUGAAAAAGAAAGAAGGGAAACAUAUAUCAGCCAUGUGCAUAUGUUUCUUCUUGUUUUGAACAACGAAACAUUGGAAGAUUUCUCUUGUUGCAUUGAUUAGGUCACACACACACACACAAAACUAAAGUGCUGUCGAAAUCAAACGUCUAAUCAGGACACAGAAUGGAAGCGCCAAGCCGGACAAGACGCCGGCGAUCUAUUUUCAAGCAUUCCAUUUCCAGGGGAGUCAUAGCGACGACGAUAGCGACAUUCCUACGAUCGGUGGAUGCCAGCAGCGGGGUUAUCGGCGGGCAUCAUCCUAGCGCUCACGCGCUUAGUUACAUCCUGUCAUCUCACAAUCAGCACAAUGGAACGAUUGGAGGCUCUGGGGGGCAGUCCCUGGAUUAUGGAGGAUUCACCGAGGAGAUUUUCGAAGAAAGCGAAACGAUCGAAUCUUCAGUUCCUCCUGGCCAACCACCGGGAAAUCCCGCGCAAACUGUCGUCGAUAUUAUCGCCGUAUUUGGCGCCAUGUUUGUCGCCGCUGUUGCCAUCAUCCUCAUUACAGUCUACAUCAGUAAGUUACGUAAGAGACAGUCUAGUGCUUUAUCGACACCUGACGCGGAAGUGGCGUCUACGUCGCCAUCUUCAGACUGUUCGGCUUGUCCUCAUAGUGGUGAUCCCGGAAGCGCUGCCUCUAUCGCCCAAUUCAACAAGGAAGUCCAGGAAGCCUGGAGUGCAAUCGAUUUCGGACACAAGCCGAGCCUUUGGCGUAAGACGAUUCGUAGCGUGAUUCUUCGACUACGGGGACAGGAGCAACACAAGGAUGUUUAUGUUAUGCCACAACAUCUAAGGGAUCAACUGAAGCAGAUGUAUGUCUAUUGAAACAUUUUUUUUUUUACUCCCGGAGCUUCUGGAACGGUCCCGAACCGUUAUCUUUUUUUUUUUUAAAUAAUUUUUACCUCUAAAACAAAAAUUUUAAACGUUGCGAUUUUAAACUUCGCGCGCGCGCCAAAUUUUUCCGUUUUUUUUUUAAAUGAAAAGAGAAGACAAAAUUCGAAAUAUGAAAGAAAAAGAGUAUUACGACAGAACAUUAAAAAGAAAUCAUAGCCCACAAUUUUUAAGAAAAAGAGAAAAACGUUACCUGAAUGUAUACAACUUGUACAUAAAAAGAAACAAAAGCAGAUAGAGAAAAUGGAGAAAGGCGAAAUCAUUUGACGAAUAUUUUUUUUUGUAAAUGCCAUGUCCGACAAUUAUUAUUUUUUUCUUCAAAUGUUUAUUUUUUUUCUCCAAGCAAAAAAAAAAAAAGAAAUGAACAAUGUUCUAUGCGACAUCCCUCCUGUCAAUUUCACGCUCUCAAAAGUGUUUUUUUUUUAACCAGAAAGAAAAGACGCCACAAAAAAAUGGAAGAAUUUUUACGAUUUUUUAAUGUAUAUUUCCCGAUCUUGUAUGUAUUUGUAUGUAAUGUCAAUGAAUAUUGUACAGUCCCGUUUUCCCCUCCAUUUAUCUUCUCCCGAUUUUUUUUUCUUUAAUAUAAAUGUGCGUGUACAUGCGUGAAAUCAAACAACAAAAAUCGCCUUCAAAA